GGCACCACAUCAUUUGAAGUCUACAACAGCCCGGGAGUGGACGUUUACAUUUCCCCCAACAUGGACACGUCCCGACAACGGGCUGGGAGAAAGAGGUGGCUUUUUGACGUGGGGCUGGAGAUCAUCGUGGUCAUGAAGUCUCCCAGCAAAGACCUCAACGACAGCCACAUUCAAAUUUCCUACCACUCUGAGGGCGAAGAUGCUGCCUUGGCCUAUGCUGUUCUGUACCUCACCUGUGUCGACAUCUCUCUGGACGCGGAUGCAGACUGUGAUGGGAAGGUGGAGAGGAGCUAUUCCAACAAGAAUAAUUGGAUCUGGGGCCCCAAAGGACUAGGGGCCAUCCUACUGGUGAACUGUGACCGGGACGAUCUGGACGGCGCCAAGAGAGACAACUGUGACCAGUGUGUGGGCAGCCUAGAAGACCUGAAGGACAUGUCGCUCAUGAUCUUGAGGACGUAUGGUCCUUCUGCUCUCUUUGAUGACUACAAAUUAGUUCUUCACACAUCCAGCUCUGACGUGGAGAAAGCCAGAGUCUUCCAUGCCUGUGCCUCUGAGGACGCCUGCCAAAACUAUAAACACGUGUUAGGGCAGGACAAAGUCUCCUACGUGGUGGAGCGAUGCCAUGGAGAUGAGGAGAUGUUCUAUGUGGAAGGGCUGUGUUUCCCGGAUGCGGGCUUUUCGGGACUGAUCUCCUUUCACGUCACUCUGCUGGACGAUUCAAAUCAGGAUUUUCCCGAAUCUCCAAUUUUCACGGACACAGUGGUGUUCCGAGUGGCCCCCUGGAUCAUGACCCCAAGCACGCUCCCCCCGCUGGAGGUGUAUGUGUGCAGGGUGAGGAACAACACCUACUUUGUAGAUGCGGUAGCGGCAUUGGCCAGGAAAGCAGGCUGCAAGCUGACCAUCUGUCCUCAGACAGAGAAUCGCAACGAUCGCUGGAUCCAGGAUGAGAUGGAGUUGGGCUACAUCCAAGCUCCCCACAAGACCUUCCCUGUUGUCUUCGACUCCCCAAGGAAUGGAGAACUACAGGAUUUCCCUUACAAAAGAAUCCUGGGCCCAGAUUUUGGCUACGUGACCCGAGAACCAAGAAACAAGUCAGUCAGUGGCUUGGACUCCUUUGGGAACCUGGAAGUCAGCCCUCCGGUCGUGGCCAAGGGGAAAGAGUAUCCCCUGGGGAGAAUCCUCAUUGGCGGCAACUUGCCGGGGUCCAGUGGCCGGAGGGUCACCCAGGUAGUCCGAGACUUCCUCUAUGCCCAGAAAGUGCAGCCCCCCAUCGAGCUCUUUGUGGAUUGGCUGGCGGUGGGCCAUGUGGAUGAGUUUCUCAGCUUCGUCCCAGCCCCAGAUAAAAAGGGUUUCCGCUUGCUCCUGGCCAGUCCAAGUGCCUGCUUCAAGCUCUUCCAAGAGAAACAGAAAUGGGGCCACGGGAGAGCGCUGAUGUUUGAAGGUGUGAUAGGAAAUAGAAAUGUGAAGACCAUAUCCAUCAACCAAAUUCUAUCUAAUGAAAACCUGAUCAGUUUCAACAAGUUUGUCCAGAGCUGCAUCGAUUGGAACCGAGAAGUCCUGAAGCGGGAGCUGGGGUUAGCUGAGCGAGACAUCAUUGAUGUGCCGCAGCUCUUCAAGUCGGAAAGAAGGAAAGCUGUGGCAUUUUUCCCGGACCUGGUCAACAUGCUUGUCCUGGGGAAAUACCUGGGGAUCCCCAAACCCUUUGGACCCAUCAUCAAUGGUCGUUGCUGCCUGGAAGAAAAGGUCCGGACCCUGCUGGAGCCGCUGGAACUCAACUGCACCUUCAUCGACGAUUUCACCUCCUACCACGUACUGCACGGGGAAGUCCACUGCGGCACCAACGUCCGCCGGAAGCCCUUCUCCUUCAAGUGGUGGAAUAUGAUCCCCUGAGCCAGCGUCCCUCCCAUCAUCCUCUGCUUAGAAACAUCAGUGUCAAAGCUUCGAAAGAAAUGCGGUCCCACCAGGAAUAACAAGCAUUCCUGACCCUUUCCUGGCUGACCCUCCUUCAGAAUCUCCUUUGGCUUUCUACUUAUGCCUCCGAGGAGACGGGAAGAGACUGGUUCAGGCUCCCGUCUCCCCAGCCACAGGACUGCAUAUCUUGAUGCUUAAAUAAGGCUCAGAGUCCAGUCUCACCGCACGGGGGGGUGGCGGGGGGAGCGGGUCCCAGGAACUGCCUAGACCUCCCUUGAGUAGCAUCCAGCUUUUACCAUGAUGCCGUAACAGAAUCAACAUUCUAUCCUUCCCCGUGUCCUGGAAAAAGGAGACAUACACACCCUCUGGCUUGGUUCUUCCCAGUUGCCGUUCACUCACAUCCCAUUCACCUACUGAGAGCUAUUCUGUGCUCACUCAAGAUUAAUAAUUAGUAAGGUUACAAGGGGAGGGGAGGAAAAAUACCCUGAGAGGCAGUCCCCACAAAGCAAGAGCUGAGAACUUGGAAUGGAUAGAGGACAAACAGCCAGAAAUCAACAGAAAGGGUCCACUUGUUAUCAUCUGCUCUGAGAAACUUCAACAGUCUCAGGAAAUCCCAGAAAAAUGGACUUCACCCUGAUAAAUCUCCCACUCUGGCAUGCAGGAGUCUGAUUUUUCUAGUGAAUUUAACUCUUGAUGCUGGACUCUUGGGCAUCCUAAGAGACAGGAUUUGUUAGAGAUCCCAAGAUCCAGGAGACCUCAAAAAGCCAGCACUGCCAAGGCAGGGAGCAGGACAAAUAAUCUUAGGCAGAGUUGGAUUGGCCUGGUGGGAGAAAGAGGCCUGUCUCGGAGUGUUGCUGGCUUUGAUUGGCGGGGACACUAACUGGGGCACCUGGAAUCUCUGUCCGUGAGAAAAAGAGCUACAUUGGCCAGUUUCUCCCAGGACCCAGCAUUCCUCCAGCUGACCCUCUGAGUAUCUGUCUCACGAAGCAAGUGACAGGGACCGUCCAGCUGGUUGCCGGGGAGGUUUGAGAGCUUUCGAGUGUUAGGUGGUGGCUGAGGAGAAGAUUGGGCCGAUGGACGUUCACUGGGGCUGUGGGGAUGGUUCUGUUUUCUCUGGGGGAGUAAUCAUUUGUGUUAUGCUAUGUGGAAUAAAUUGACCCA